AUGUCCACGUUUGCAAAAACAUUGUCUCCUGCUCUCCGCGAAAUUCGCAUCUUUUGCUGCCAGUCAAACCAAGCUUCGGCGGGCACGCGGCAAUUCAUCUUGUCCACAUACCCAAUCAUCAAGAAACACAACCCAGACCUUCCCGUCAUGAUACGGGAGGCAAACGGCACACCCGCGCGGAUGUUUGCACGAUUUGAACGCGGAGUUGAGAAACACGUUGAGCUGGACGAUCUCUCAUCGUCAGAUGUGGCUGCCAGUGUUGCUCGGAUAUUAAGCGUCUCAUAG